CUGGGCCCGGUUCGGCCGAACAUCCGCUCAGGUAUAACGUGCAGCUCGGCGGCUUUAGUGGGCCGGUUCGGACCCGCAGGAUGGGGAACCAGCAGGAGCAGAACCAGCAGAACCAGCUACUGAAGCUGUCCGGGGUGAAUGUCUGCGGAGGGCAGUGCUGUCAUGGAUGGAGCGCAACUCCAGGAUCGCAGCGAUGCACAAAACCCAACUGCAUCCCUCAGUGCCAAAAUGGAGGAAUGUGCCUGAGGCCUCAGCUCUGCGUCUGUAAGCCCGGUUCAAAGGGGAAGGCAUGUGAACAGACCACGGUGCCCACACACUCCUAUCCAGCACUGCCUGGGAAUGCACCUUCAAAUGGACACACCAGCGGGCACACUAAUGGAAACAACAUGGUACCCCAGCGGCCGAUUCCUCAGCAAGUGUUACCUAAUGGUUACGUCUCUGCCUCCCCUUCGGCUAAUAACAUGGCCCAGAUGAAGCUAACUGUCAAGGCGCCCCCCCAGUUUGUAAGACCCCAGUAUAUCCAGCAGCACAUCCAACAGCAGAUCCAUCCUGUGCAAAUGCACUCUGGCCAGCAGUAUGUUCUAAAACCCAAAUACUACCACGCACACACCACACACACUCAAACGCACGUCCAGGCCCAACCUGAGAGACCCAUUCCUCUGACCCUGGGACACAACCCCAUCCACGCAGUCGGUAAUCAUACAGGAAGGAUCAAGGUGGUCUUCACACCCACCAUUUGCAAAGUGACCUGUAUAGGAAGCAGAUGUCACAACAACUGUGAGAAGGGAAACACCACCACCAUCAUCAGUGAGAACGGCCACACCACAGACACUCUGACAGCCCCCAACUUCAGAGUAGUCGUGUGUCACCUACCUUGUAUAAAUGGUGGAAAGUGCAGUGCACGGAACAAGUGCCAAUGCCCUCCAAAUUUUGCUGGAAAGUUCUGCCAGAUGCCGGUUCAGAAUGGACAGCAACAGACAUCAGUAAACUACGGCCACACUCAGGUUGUCUCCACACACACCCUGCCUCUGACGUACAGCAACGGCCAGACGCCUGGCAUCGUCAACAUUCACAUCAAACAUCCACCGGAGGCCUCUGUUCAAGUUCACCAAGUGUCUCAGCUAGAUGAUUAUCACAACAAUGGGCACCAGCAGAAAGGUCCCCAGGCAGGUUCCUCUUCCUCCACCAGCUACAGUUACCACCACUCCGAAAGCAGCCAGAAGAUUCAGCACCAUGGCUAUAACAUGGUGUAUUCCAACCCGCAUGGCUACCAGCUUCCUCAUUACCAGCCCGUCAUGUCCAAGAACACACUGGGUCGCUGCUUUCAAGAGACUACAGCUGGUCAGUGUGGAAAGGCUCUGCCAGGUCUCACCAAGCAGGAUCAGUGCUGUGGGUCCAUUGGGACCUCCUGGGGGUUCCACAAAUGCCAAAAGUGUCCACAGAACCCAUCUAUUCCUCUGAUCAGUUGUCCCCAGGGUUACAAGAGGAUCAACAGUUCUCAGUGUCAAGAUUUGGAUGAGUGCCAGCUGCAGGGUGUUUGUCCCAAUGGAAAAUGUGUGAACACUGUGGGUAGCUACAGGUGCAUGUGUAAACCUGGCUACGCCCCUGACCCCAUGCUCACCACAUGCAUAUCCAACGCAGCUGCCGUCCAGGAGGAAAAGGGUGCUUGCUUCCGUUUGGUCAGCUCAGGGAGGCAGUGUUUGCACCCAGUGUCUGCCCAGCUGAGCAAACAGCUCUGCUGCUGCAGUGUGGGCAAAGCCUGGGGCCCUCAUUGUGACAAAUGUCCCCCUCCAGGAACAGCCAUGUUUAAAGAAAUCUGUCCUGGUGGGAUGGGCUACACGGUUUUACCAAACCCUCCUGCCAAUAAACCAGUAACUGUUUACCAGGAGCCUGUGGACAUUUUGCCCCCACACCCCCUGCCAACACCAGAGCGACCAGUGGAGGCAUUUGGGACAAAAGAAGUGAUCAUACCAGAAGUUGUUGAGAGGACCUCCCCUCCUGCACCUGUCGAGAUCCUCCCAACUAAUGCAGGCCAGGACAUCGCUCCAACUCAGUCAGCUGAGGUGGACGAGUGCCAGAUCAACCCUUACAUUUGUGGUCAGGGGGUUUGUUACAACACAGCUGAGAGCUACACCUGCCACUGUGAUGAGGGAUACCACCUGGAUGACAGUGAGAUCACAUGUGUAGAUAUUGAUGAAUGUGAAAACAGGACAACGUGCCCUUCUGGCAUCUGCUACAACCAGGAAGGGAGUUACACCUGUGGCUCCUGUCCUGAGGGCUUUUUAGGACAAGGAGGCCAGUGUGUAGAUGUAGACGAGUGCCAGGACGAGCGAGUCUGUGUCAGAGGUCACUGCCAAAAUGCCCAGGGCUCGUUCUUCUGCCAGUGUGGACCCGGUUUCAGAGUGUCACCAACUGGAGACCAGUGUGAUGAUGUGGAUGAGUGUGAAGAAGAAGACAGACCAUGCGGGGCUGUGGGUGACUGUGUCAACAAUGUGGGCUCCUACAUGUGUACCUGCCCUGAUGGCUACCGGCAAAUCAAUGGAACCAGCUGCACGGAUGUCGAUGAGUGUGUGGAGGAAGCCGAGCUCUGCCACCCUCAUGGUAGAUGUCUGAACACAGAGGGAUUCUACCAGUGUGUGUGUGACGGUGGGUUCACUGCCGGCCUCGACAUGCCCUCUUGUGAUGAUAUUGAUGAGUGUGGGCUCAAUGAGACUCAGUGUGGACCUCAUGGGAUUUGUGAGAACACACUGGGAUCAUUCCGAUGCAUCUGUGACCAGGGUUACCAUGUGACCCAUGAUGGGGAUAGCUGUAAAGAUUUGAAUGAGUGUGAGCUUCUGAGCAACGUAUGUGGGGAGGCCGAGUGUGUGAACAAAGAUGGUUCCUUCCUCUGUUUGUGUCCCAAUGACCAUAAAUAUAAUGUCAUGGUAGCAAAGUGUGAACCUGUUCCCAAAGCAUCUCCAGUGGAGCGGAAGGAGUGCUACUAUAAUCUGCACGAUGAGAACCUGUGUGAGAGUGUGCUGACCAGUCACGUCACACUGCAGGAGUGCUGCUGCACGCUGGGAGCCGGCUGGGGGGACAACUGUGAAGUAUAUCCUUGUCCCGUCAAUGGUACAGACCAAUUCAGCCAGAUGUGCCCAUCAGGAAGAGGUUUUAUUCCCAGUGAGGACUUGCUUUAUGGGAUACCAUUUUCUGAUAGUUACAAAGAUGCAGAUGAAUGCACACUGUUUGGUCAGGAGGUGUGCAAAGGAGGCUACUGCAAGAACACUGAGGGAAGCUACGAGUGUUACUGCAUGGGGGGACAUUACUACGACCCUGUCAAGCUGGAGUGCAGAGACAUCAACGAGUGUUUGGAUGAGUCACUGUGUGAGGGUGGACAGUGUCAGAACACGGAUGGCUCAUACAUCUGCAUGUGUAAACAUCCCAUGGUGUUGGGCCCAAACACCAACAACUGUGUCUUUGUUCCUGAUGUGGCUGAGCAACAUGAGAUGGAGCAGACGGACUAUCAGGGUAUCUGCUGGCAGAUGGUGACACAAAGUCUGACGUGCACACGCCCACUAGGGCCCAACAGAAAGACAACGUACACCGAGUGCUGCUGCCAGCAUGGAGAGGCUUGGGGCAUGGACUGUGCCUUGUGUCCUCACAGGAGCUCAGAGGACUAUGCAUCCAUGUGUAACAUUCCUUUGGGUGGGGGACGGCGGCCAUAUGGUAACGACGCUCUUGUUGCUGGUCCAAUUCACGAAUAUGAAGUGAGUCCAGACUACCUGCCAUCACCUGAGCAGCAGCUUGGCCCAACCUUUUAUGAGAAUGAAGAGUAUCCAUACAGAGCAUUUGAGGGUUUGCAAGCAGAGGAGUGUGGGAUCUUGAACGGCUGUGAGAACGGUCGAUGUGUCCGGGUUCAGGAGGGCUACACCUGCGACUGCUUUGACGGAUACACCCUCAACCUGUCCCGCAUGGCCUGCAUCGAUGUGAACGAAUGCUCAGAGCUGAACAAUCGAAUGUCGUUGUGUAAAAAUGCUAAAUGCAUCAACACAGUGGGCUCCUACCAGUGUGUGUGUUUGCCGGGCUUCAGGGCGUCUGAGAAGCCGAACUACUGCGUGGCGGCAGAAACACAGCAAACAUCCACACAAUGAGCCUGGACAAACUGGGGGGGAGAGACAGACAAGGAACACCAAAACCACACACACAAGCUUGUAUCGCUAUA